CAACGACUCAUCCAUCGCAUCGACAAGCAUACCUCUCGCACACAACACCAUGGCGGAAGCACCGCUCAUCACAUUCAAGGCCGGUCUCUGCGACUUUCACGGCCGCAAAGUCACACCCAAGGGCACUGCAGGCUACCUCUACAUCUACUCCGAAGAUGACCUGCUACAUUUCUGCUGGCGGCCACGCUCGGCACCAUCGACCGAACCUGACCUCGACCUGAUCAUGUUUCCUCAAGACGGCCACUUCUACCCAUUGGUCAAACAACAAGGCGCAGAAGACCUCCACUCGCCUACGAACGGCCGCAUCUUCGUCCUCAAAUUCACCUCCAGCAGUCAGAAGUACUUCUUUUGGAUGCAGAGCAAGAGUCAGUCACGGGCAGGGCAUCUCAGUUGGUUCAGUCAACGGGAUCAGAGGCUGGGACAGAUCAUCGAUGCACUGUUGCAGGGCGAGGACGUUGAUGUGGAUGGCGAGAUCGCGGAUCUGCGGGCAGGCGGUGGCGGCGAUGACGGCGACAACGAUGACUUGAUGGAUCUGGACGGCGGCUCAGGUCUGGAGCGUCACGAGACGGGAGGUGCAGGACAAGAUGCUACAGGUGGAGACCCUCGAACGGAGGGCGAGGCGAGCAGAGAAGGAGGAGAGGAUGGUGGCAGGGCGUAAGUGCAUUCGCAAAGAUUCCUUCUGCAUGUUCAUGAUGGGU